AUGAGCGGCAAACGAUGCAACCCCUGGAGCGGAUGCUCAUCGCCACGCGGGCGCUCUCCGACUCCUCCACCUUUGCGCAGAGCCUACUGGGAUGAACCUGGCACGCCUACCGGCAGUCACAGGCCGCGUGCGAGACCGCAGUGCAGCGGAGAAAAUCUGUACGCGCAGUCUUCACCACGCGGAUCCGCGGCACCUUCAAGACGGCCCACGCCGAGCCCGAACGCAGGCGGAAGGAGGUACAGGCCUUUGGGAGAAGGCGGAGCAGAGCACUGGACCCUGCACAAGGAUACCGACCACUCUUCGCACAUGAACCUUACGAAGCUCCCCCACAAGCUCACGCUGACGAACUACGUAUCGUGGAUGACGACGAUGGAAUCAACGCUCGACACUAUCAAACUCUUCGAGUACGCUACCGGAGAAGUUCCCGAGCCCGAUCCGGAUGUCGACGAGGCGCGUGCGCGACGCUGGAAGCGCGCGAACGCCUGCGUCCGACUCAUACUCGCGUUGAAUAUGACCGAGGAAGUCAUGUCGCAGAUCAGCCACCUCAUGGUCGUGGCACAGGUCUGGCAAGAAGUGCGACGACUAUUCGCAGGCGAAACCCUUACCGACUGGAUGCUUCUUAUCACCAGUCUCGUCACGACGAAGUAUGCCGAUGGCGAAGAUCUGACCCUUCAUAUUGCAAAGAUGAAAGCGUACCGGCGAGAUCUCAUCCUCAUGUCCCGAAAUAUCCCUGAUGACCUCUAUGCUUGUUUCAUCCGAAUCUCUAUGCCACAAUCCUGGAACUACAUAUUUUCUGGCCUUUCUCAGUACUACACAUCUUCUGAGAUUGAACGACGUCUGAAGGAAGAAUAUGCCAUACGACAGAACCAGCAAUCGACAGCGCGAGCAUACAAUGCCAAGCAGCAGUCAGGCAAGCGAUCGAAGAAGGAAUAUAAACCAGGUGACCCCUUCUGCAAGAAUUGCGAACGGCCCGGUCACUACAUCAAGGACUGCUGGUCGAAAGGGGGUGGAGCUGAGGGGAAGGGACCACGUAGUAAGAAGAAGGAGAAGAAGGAUUCAGAGAAACAGGAUGUGAAGGGGAAGGAGCGAGUGAACGAGGUGAAAGAAGACUCCGACCAUCUCUCAUGCAUGGCGGCACCCGGCUCAUCCUCCCGAUUCACCUGGAUUCUCGACGGCAGAUCUACCACUCACAUCUGCAGAACGAAAUCGGCCUUCGUUACAUUCACGCCUUUGAGCGAGACAAUCAGUGGCAUUCGGAAGACAGGACCUCAACUUGAGGUGCACGGGAGAGGUGAUAUCCUCAUCCUGUGCCACGUUCAUAGUGGAGACCAGCACAUCGUCACGCUAUGA